AUGAAGCACUCACGCGGCAGUAGCGACAGAAUCCCGUAUCCCCGCGGGAGCAGGUACCGCAUGCCCCUUCUGCUGCUGCCCUGCGUUUUCCUCGUUAUUAGCCUCUCCGGCAGCAGCCCCGCGCGCGCGCAGACCAUCAAGCCGCCGCAGGAGGCGGCGCUUUUGAGCCUCAAGACGUCCUUCGGGUACUUCACGGGGAGCAGCACGUGGGGCGCGGGGAAGAACUGCACGGGAUGGCUGCGCGUGACGUGCAACUCCGCGGGGGACGUGCUCCGCCUCAACUUCACUUCCGCCAGCAUGCGCUGGAAGACCGCGGGGAUCCCCGCCGCGCUCACCAACCUCACCAAUCUCGACACGCUUAUCCUCGCUAAUAACGAGAUCGUCGCCCCGAUUCCGUGGUACUUAUCGAAGCUGCCGAAGCUGAAGCGCCUCGAUUUAAGCAACAACACGUUCUACGGCGGAACGAAUCAAAUCUGGGCGCUCACCAAGCUCACCUUCCUCGACGUUUCCAAGACGCUCCUCCGCGGCGCGCUUCCGUCUGCCAUCAGCGGCUUGGCCAAUCUGGUGGUUCUCAACGUCAGCGACUCGUACUUCUCUGGACCAAUCCCGGACGAGUUUUCGAGUCUGACGAAGCUGCAGUUCGGCCAGUUGGACCGGUGCUUCUUCACCGCCCUCCCCGCCGCGCUUCCGGAGCUCGCGUCUGGCGCGCUCACCUUCACGGCCUCGGGAAACCUCUUCUCGGACAUUCCCGUUACCUUCCCCGCAUCCUCCGCCACCGUUGACACGCUCGACCUCUCGUCCAAUCGCAUCACUUCCCUCCCGACGGAAAUCUCCCUCAUGAGCGACCUGCGCCAGCUCAACCUGGCCAACAACCAGCUCAGCAUCGCGCUGGGUGACGUCACCUGGAGCGGCCUUCCGAGCCUGGAGGGGCUGUACCUGGGGUUUAACGAGAUCACGGGUUCGAUUCCUGCCGAGGUCAGUGACAUCUCCAACCUCAAGACGCUGCAGCUGCAGAACAACAGCCUCAGUGAUGUGGUUCCCGAUGAAAUCGGAUCGCUGGUGAAUCUGACAGCGCUGGAUCUGAGCAACAAUGGCUUCACGGGCAACAUCCCUACGACCCUCAACAGCCUCUCAUUCCUCCUCCGCCUCGUGGUUGCUAACAACCAGUUCGACGGCCCGCUGCCCCAGCCCUAUAACGGAGCCAAUAGCAAGUUCUUUUUGGAUGCCCGAAACAACUUGUUCACGGGGUCGCCGCGCGUUUCAAACGUCUGCCCGAACGCGCGCCCGACGAAGCUGCUGGUGUCGGGGAACUGCCUGAGUGACGACACGGGGUGCGCCGCGGUGCAGCAGAACACAUGCGAUGCGUGA